CACUGCACACACACACACACACGGCAGAGGCAGUCUAAACCCUGUACACGCACAGCAGGAAGAGAGGCCAGGUAGCUAGCUAGCUUGGUAGCUUGGUAACCAUGGCGAAGAAGGCGGCGGUGAUCGCCACGCUGCUGGCCCUGAACCUGCUCUUCUUCACCUUCGCCGACGCCUGCGGCUGCCACUGCGGAUCCUGCCCUAGUCCGGGCGGCGGCGGCGGCGGUGGGGGUGGCGGUGGAGGUGGGAGCGGUGGCGGGGGUGGUGGAGGGAGCGGUGGAGGCGGAUCUGGAGGAGGCGGCAGCGGCGGAGGUGGGUCAGGAGGAGGUGGCAGCGGCGGCGGCGGGUCCGGCGGUGGCGGAUCGGGAGGAGGCGGAUCAGGCGGGCGCGCGCGGUGCCCCAUCGACACGCUGAAGCUGGGGGUGUGCGCCAACGUGCUCAACGGGCUGAUCAACCUGCAGCUGGGGACGCCGCCGAAGCAGCCGUGCUGCUCGCUAAUCCAGGGGCUCGCCGACCUGGAGGCGGCGGUGUGCCUCUGCACGGCGCUCAAGGCCAACAUCCUGGGCAUCAACCUCAACGUGCCCAUCGACCUCAGCCUCCUCGUCAACUACUGCGGCAAGAACGUCCCCUCCGGCUUCCAGUGCCCCCGCUAGAAGAGAAGACCCGAGAGAUCCAUCGUCCACUGCAUGCAGGCAUCCACUAUACGUACGUACGUGCAUGCACGCACGCAUGAUCUACAAUCCAUCCAUUGACUAGUGCUCUAUAGCUAGUCGUAUACGUUAUUUGCUUCAUAAUUUAUCAUCGCUCUUGCUAGUUGCUAAACUUGCAUAUUUCUCUCUGUGUGUGUGGUAGUACCGUUUGUACCACGUACUGCUUGUCAUCGAACUGGUUACGGUACUCUAUGGACCAUGGAUCCAGUUCUCAGCCACAUAUGAUCUCAUGCGUGUACCGCUGGCUGCUAUUAUAUUUCCUUCAAAAAGAGGUUGCUCCUCCACAAUUGUAGUAAAGUAAUUAAUAUCAUA